AUGUAUCAAGGUUAUUUCAACAUCUACUACACUCUCAACGAAGAGAUAUUAGUAAGUGGUUUCAUUCCGUGGAGUUAUAACCGUGGGAAACCUGGCAUAAACGUCAACAUCACGGCCAAGGCAUUGAUCGACUUCACCAAGACCUUGCGUUUAAACCCAAUGGAGUGGGCAAAGCUCCCCUAUAACGAUGCAGAAGACGCGUUCACUCUGACGGUCAAUGGUACCAAAAUUAAGGCGGGUUACUCGGAGUGUAGAUGA